UUCUUGGAGGAAUUCCUUCGUCUGGAGGGUCGGGGCGACUAUUCACAAGAGAUGUGUGUUUGCGGUGAGGAAGCUGCGAUAUAUCGUUGUCAGGAUUGUCACGGUACUGAGUUGUUCUGUCAUCUGUGUAUGGUCCGUGUUCAUGAAAGACAGCCAUUUCACAAAAUGGAGUGUUGGGACAGCAUCUCAUUCCACGGCAUUACCUCAAAGUCCAUGGGGAUCCGUUUGCAACUUGGACACACCUCUGGUGUUUGUUGCAACAACCCACUCUCGGCUUUCAACGACAACUUCAUUAUCAUCGACUACAAUGGUAUCUAUGAAGUGGGGCUAGACUUCUGCGGAUGCGCUUCUGCUCAGCCACACAUCACUCAACUACUAUGUGUUCGUCUCUUUCCUGCAACAACUGUUGAUCCCAAAACAGCCGCGACAUUUCGGUCACUCGAAUACUUUCAAAUGCUAUCUUUCAAGUCCAAAGUUUCCGCAUACAAAUUUUACAAAACAGCUGCCCGUUUGACAGACAAUACAGGAAUUCAUGUACCAAAGGUAUGUGCUAAUGUUAAUUCUAGUUCUCUUUCGACCUGUCAUCUUACAUCCUAG